UGGCGUCACUCAGUUUAUUUUGAGCAGGCGCACAUAGUGGAUAAUAAUAUGUCCUCGGAUUCGAUAGCCUUCAGGGUUGCCCGCCCGGACGAAAUCGAUCUCGUCAGAGAUGUCUUACGGACUAUCUAUUAUCCGGAGGAAGCCAUCACCAUUUCCUAUGUGCACGGAAAAGAGCCGACUGUCGACGAUGAACGCUUCUCGCUAUCGUUCGUCGCACAAGGUAUGGUAGUAUUAGCGGAAGAUAAGAAUGCUAAGACGGUAGUUGGCAUUUCGGUUGCUGGUCCAAUCGAACCAGGAGAUCCGGAUCUAAUGAUUCAGGAAGCGGCCACAACGGAUACGAAAAAGUGGUCAGACAUUCUGAAGUUGUUGGCACUUUUGGAGCGCACAGCUGAUGUGUGUGGACGCUAUAAGUUAAGUAAAGCUUAUCAUGUGCACAUCUUAGCAGUGGACCCUGCGUACAGAGGCCAUGCGCUAGGUUUACGAUUGAUGCAAUUUCAGAUGGAGCUGGCGAAGAAUUUUGGUUUUGAAGCAAUUAGUGCAGAUUUUACUAGUGUUUACUCAGCGAAAAUCGCUGAUAAAUUGGAAAUGGAAAACAUCAGUCAGCUUUCGCUGGCCGAUUAUCGUGAUGAAAACGAAGAAAAGCUUUUCGAUCCUCAAGAAAUCCACAAAGUGAUAAAAACAUAUGUGAAAAUUUUACAGUAAAAACGCAUUUUGAAAAAAUAAAGAUGUUAUUACUUAAUAAGGUGAUACAGAGUCUUUACAUUUCAGAAUAGAACGAUAUGUGACAACACUAGUCUAAAAGGUAAAGUAACUAUAAGAAUAACAGAAUCAUUAUUCUAGAUUGUGAUGACCAGCGUUGCCACUAAGUUUUAAACAAAAUCUGGCAAAACGAAAAUAAAAAGUCUGGCAAAAAUCUAGCACUCAUUUUUAGUUAAAAUUCCUGGCAGAAUUGAAAGUGUUGGCCUUUUUUUGCUCUCGCCGGCUGUAAGUAGGUAAAGGCCAGCCACGGCCCAUCUCGCAGUAAUGAUCUUUUUGCAAGACGACGCGGAUGAAAUCAA